AUGUUAAUUCUCCAGGUUACUCCUUUUGAAGCCGUAGUCGGUGAUGCAAAUGGACCACCAGCAAUUCCUCAACCGUAUUUGGAUGCCGAUAAAACCAUUGUGGUUCCCUCCAAUAAAGAUGUGCAAGAAGUGUUUGCUUUAAGAAAUGAAUGGUUAACUCAAGAGAAAACUCAUAUGGCUGCUGAACGUGUCAGAGUAUUAAACCAAAUGGCUCUGUUUAUUGUAUGGUCAUGGGCAUUGAAAUAUGUUGGGAGUAUAACCAUUUAUGAAAAUGAUGGGUUAUGUUGGAAUAAUGGAAACAUAGUUCAAUGUAAAGAGAGAAUUCGUAAUUUCCUAAGAAAUGAAUUCAACUUCUUUUUCUUCUCCAACGUUUCCAAAUCCAUUCCAAAUACAUUGCCUAAGGUUACAAUAAUUGAUUGUAUUACUGGCGAAACUUACUUGAAUUUUGAUGACACUGAUCUAAAUAUCCAAGGUCCAUCACUGUGUUCUACUGAUGAAUUGCUACAAGAAUAUACAAUUAACGAGUUGAAGGUAUAUUUACAAGAUGAACGUAUCCGUCUAAAGCACAUUGGCAUUGAUGAACAACCCCCACUAAAUUGGUAUUCAUUCUUACCUCCUUUCCCCAAGCUCACUAUUGUUCCUACUACAGAGUUCUUAAAAGGUGGACCAUUAACCACUUGUGAACCAGGAUUGCCAGAAACAAGCGUAGCAUACAGAAGAAACGAGCAAUUCAACUUCAAAAUGUUUUUGAAUGUCUUAUCUUACUAUAAUAGGUCUCAAGGAAAAGAAUCUUCUAUCUCCAUAGAAGAGGAAAGUCACCAUUACAGCACCUCAUAUAACUAA